UUUCAUCGAGGGCAAAUUGAGGCUGCGCGGCAGAUAUGAAGGAUUUAGCUGCAGCUUGCGUCUUUCGAUUCACCUCGUGCACAGUGAAUAUGUGCCACAUGUUUCUUCCGCCUUUUCAUUUUUGAAAGCUUCGUGAGCUUCCAUGCUUUCUUUUGUCAGAAUCAGAUGCUGCUAAUUAAUAAUCAUCUUCUCCUGAAGUCUUCGUUUCCUCUCUGCUUCUGUUGUAAGCCAUGAAUUUGCUUUGGGCUGUUUCUUGCCUGUUCGUGCUUUUCACAGUGCCUCCUUAUGCCAUCAGCGGUAAUUCGUCGAGGCCGGCCGUCGUGCAUAUCGGUGCUCUCUUCACCUUUGAUUCUACUAUUGGGAAAGUUGCUAAAAUCGCGUUGGAGGAAGCCGUGAAGGAUGUAAACGCCAAUGCUAGCGUACUCCCUGGAACUAAACUUGUCCUUACUGAGCAAAAUUCCAAUUGCAGUGGUUUUUUGGGCAUGGUUCAAGCUCUGCGGUUCAUGGAGACUGAUGUGGUGGCAAUCAUAGGCCCACAAUCUUCCGUUGUUGCUCACAUAAUAUCUCAUGUGGCAAAUGAGCUUCAGGUCCCUCUGUUGUCAUUUGCAGCGACGGACCCAACCCUAUCCAACCUACAGUUUCCUUUUUUCGUGAGAACAACGAUGAGUGAUUUGUACCAAAUGGCUGCAGUUGCCGAAAUUGUUGAUUAUUAUGGUUGGAAGGAGGUCAUUGCUAUUUUUAUAGAUGAUGAUUUCGGACGAAAUGGCGUGUCAGCCUUGGAUGAUCAAUUAUCAGCUAGGCGCUGUAGAAUCUCUUACAAGGCAGGAAUUAGAUCAGGAACUGGAGUUGAUCGGGGUGAAAUCACGGAUUUGCUGGUGCAGGUGGCUCUAAUGCAAUCUCGGGUCAUUGUUCUCCAUGCAAAUCCUGAUUCAGGAUUUAUGGUUUUCAAUGUUGCACAGUAUCUUGGGAUGACAGGGAAUGGCUACGUCUGGAUAGCCACAGACUGGCUCUCCUCUGUUGUGGAUUCUACUUCUCUCCCUUCGGAUACAAUGAGUGUUCUUCAGGGCGUUCUUGUUUUACGCCAACAUACUCCUGAUUCAGAUAGUAAAACAGCAUUUCUGUCUAGGUGGAACAAGUUUACUGGAGGCUCUGUGGGGUUACAUUCUUAUGGCCUUCAUGCAUAUGAUACCGUUUGGCUGCUUGCACAUGCUAUUGAUGCAUUCUUCAACCAGGGUGGGAUUAUAUCAUUUUCUAACGACUCUAGGAUACAUGAUGCUGACGAGAGUAAUCUUAACCUUGAGGCAAUGAGCAUUUUUGACAAUGGAACGCUUCUCUUGAACAACAUAUUGCAGAGCAACUUUGUUGGUUUAACAGGUCCCGUAAAAUUUGAGUCAGAUAAAUCUCUUGUUCGCCCUGCAUAUGAUAUUAUCAAUGUGGUGGGAACUGGUAUUCGUCAGGUUGGUUACUGGUCCAACUAUUCUGGUCUGUCCAUUGUACCUCCUGAGACAUUGUAUGCUAAGCCUCCUAAUCGCUCAAGUGCAAACCAACAACUUCAUGCUGUAAUAUGGCCUGGAGAAACACUAUCAAAACCCCGUGGAUGGGUUUUUCCAAACAAUGGAAAACAAUUGAGAAUUGGUGUACCUAUCCGAUUUAGUUACCGUGACUUUGUAUCACCCAUUCAAGGAACUGAUAUGUUUAAAGGUUUCUGCAUUGAUAUAUUCACGGCAGCUCUAAACUUGUUACCGUAUGCUGUUCCAUAUCGCUUUGUCCCAUUUGGAGAUGGCCGUAAAAACCCAAACUACGAUGAACUUGUUAGGUUGAUCACCACAGGGUACUUCGAUGGUGCUGUUGGUGACAUUGCCAUUGUCACAAACCGGACAAAGGUUGUAGAUUUUACACAGCCAUACAUUGAAUCUGGACUUGUUGUGGUGGCGCCUUUUAAGAAAACAAACUCUGGUGGAUGGUCUUUUCUGCGGCCAUUUACUCCUUUAAUGUGGAUUGUCACCGCUUCUUUCUUCUUUUUCAUUGGGAUAGUUGUAUGGAUUCUGGAGCAUAGAAUAAAUGACGAGUUCAGGGGUCCACCUAGACAGCAAAUUAUAACCAUUUUAUGGUUCAGCUUGUCAACUCUAUUCUUUGCCCAUAGAGAGAAUACUAUGAGUACUCUUGGUCGCGUGGUGGUAAUCAUAUGGCUGUUUGUAGUUUUGAUAAUCAAUUCUAGCUACACAGCAAGUUUGACAUCAAUCCUCACAGUGCAGCAACUAUCUUCUCCUAUCAGUGGAAUAGACAGCUUAAAAGCCGGUGAUGAACCUAUAGGGUAUCAAGUGGGUUCAUUCGCAGAACAUUAUUUGGCUGACGAUGUUGGAAUAUCCAAAUCCAGGCUUGUUGCCCUUGGAUCUCCUGAAGAAUAUGCCAAGGCUCUCCAGCUUGGUCCUGAGAAAGGAGGUGUUGCUGCUAUAGUUGACGAACGACCCUAUGUUGAAAUUUUCCUAUCAACCCAUUGCAGCUUCAGGAUAGUAGGUCAGGAAUUCACCAGAAGCGGCUGGGGGUUUGCAUUCCCACGGGACUCCCCUCUGGCCAUUGACUUGUCAACUGCAAUUCUACAACUUUCUGAAAAUGGUGAACUGCAGCGGAUUCAUGAUAAGUGGCUCCUAGGAAGAGCCUGCAGUACGGAUGAUACUGAAAUCGAUUCAGAUCGGCUUCGGUUUAAAAGCUUCUGGGGUCUCUUCCUUAUGUGUGGGAUUGCUUGCAUUGUUGCGCUUUCUAUCUAUUUUCUGCAGAUUGUGCUGCAGUUACGCCAUUCUGCUCCUGCUCAACCGGCUGCUUCCAAUGGAAGCUCAGUUUCUCGACAUUUUCGGAGAUUUAUUUCACUGAUCGAUGAGAAGAAAGAACGGUCCAAUAACAGCGGUAGAAAGAGGGUUGAAGCCCAAAGAUCAUCAGAAGAAGAUGGAUUGGGGAGGCAGCUAAAGAGGUUACAAACUGAAACAAGUCAAACAACUACUCAACUCAAUUUUUCAGUACAAAAGGAUCAGGUAUAACCUGAAUACAUCAAAUAGAAUCCAAACUCUUCCUCUAGGCUCAAUUUUAAUCAUUGACCUUGGCUAUUUCCUUACAAAUCGACACAUCAGGGCAUUGCAAAUAUUAUAUGUUUGAUCAACUACUUACACCUUGUACUGUUCAAGACCACAAUAGACGCGAAUUGAAACAAAGAAUUUCUAAUGUAUUCAUUGC